GGGCCCGGGCACAGCCUCCUGGCAGAUGGCGCCUCCGCCGAGCAAUGAAGCUAAGCUAAGCUAGCAGCGAUGCUAACACUCAGGCUAGCUCGGCUAAUCCACCUUUAUUAAGAAAAGAGACGAUGAAUGAGGCGAUGGCUGCAGCCGUCCUGGUUGUGGCGUUCCUCCUGGCUGUCGGGGAUGUUUCAGGCGGUUUGGACUGCAGCCCGUCCGCCGUGGAGGCGACCAGCGGGCGGCGGUCUCUGUCAGCUGUGGUGGACACGCAGAGAGCCGAGCAGAGCCGAAGGCAACACCUGGAGGCUCUGUUCAACAGGUACGGAGAAAAUGGCUCCAUCUCUCUGGAUGGUCUGAAGCGUCUCCUCCAGAGCGUGGGGCUCGAUCGCAUCAGAACCGUUCUGGUGAAGCAUCGUGAGCAAGCAGGCCAUCAUCACCAUGAAGGUCACCAUCAUCAUCACCACCAUAAUGGUGGCCACCUGCAACACGGGAACCGGUCUGACCCCAGGAAGAUUUUAAAACCCUCUGAAAACCGGACCAAGGAUUCAGACAGUGAGCACCACUUGCAGAACAUUGAACCCACAGUGACGGUGUCAUCUGCUCCGGAGGUCAGAACCACGGUGGUAAACAGCGCCCGGUUGGUACUGGUACCACAAGCCAGGAGUUCUGAUCAGUCAGAUUCUACCAGAAAGGAGGCCACCCCAGUCACUGCAGCCAGAGUCUUUAUGGGUAGUCAGACUCAAAUGGUCCCACUCAGCAGAGCGGGUGAUCAUGAUCAUGAUGAUCAUCAUGAUGAUGAUGAUCAUGAUCAUGAUCAUGAUGACCACAACCAUGAUAUUCACAAGCCUCUGAACCAGGGUCACUCCCAGAACCGUAGCAUGGACCAGAUCCCGUGCCUGAACGCCUCCAGCCUCCUCGCCUCACAUGGGUUGUCUCAGGAAGUGGGUGUCGUCCUGGAAGACUUCAGCUACCUGUGCCCCGCCCUUCUGAACCAGAUAGACAUGGGAGCGUGCGUCCUGCACGGAGAGGCCCCCCAACAUCAUGAGAGAGAGCAUAAACAGCACAAACACGCUCACGGUCACCAUGGAGCUCAUAACCACUCCAACCAGAGCGAGCGUGGCGGAGGAGACGGCACCAGAAGUAUCUCAACAGCGUGGCUUGGCGGCUUCCUCUCCAUCACCAUCAUCAGUCUGCUGUCUCUGCUCGGCGUCGUCCUCAUCCCGCUCAUGAACAAAGUCUUCUUCAAGUUCCUGCUCAGCUUCCUGGUGGCGCUGGCCGUGGGAACGCUGAGCGGAGACGCCUUCCUGCACCUCAUCCCUCACUCUCAGGGCAGCCAUCAGCAUCACGAGGAGUUUGAGACGAGCACGGAGGAGCCUCAUCUCCACGAUGGACAAGAGGAUCUGGACGCCGUGUGGAAGGGCCUCACCGCUCUGAGCGGCGUCUACUUCAUGUUCCUGAUCGAACACUUCCUGACGCUGGGAAAAAUGUACAAAGACAAGAAGCAGAAGAUCCAGAAGAAAUGGGACCAGAAUGACAAAAACCCAGAGAAGCUCUCCGCCCAGGACAAACCAGCUGAAGACGUGGAGACGAAUGGCGCCGGCGUGUUUGGCGAGCCUCUGAGCGGUGGUGUGGCGGAGGAGGAGCAGGUGAUGCUGGCGCCGCAGGUGUCCGUCAUCUCGCCGCAGGGUUACGACCGGCCUUCGAGCUCCGACGCCUACACCGACGAGGACUGUGAAAACAAGUGCCACUCCCACUUCCACGACACGGUGGGCCAGGCGGACAGCAUGCACCACCACCACCACGACUACCACCACAUCCUGCACCACCACCACUCCCAGAACCACCACCCCCACAGCCACUCCCACUCGUACUCGGAGAAGCACUUCCAGCAGGCCGGCGUGGCCACGCUCGCCUGGAUGGUCAUCAUGGGAGACGGGCUGCACAACUUCAGCGACGGCCUCGCCAUCGGAGCAGCCUUCACGGAGGGUCUGUCCAGCGGUCUCAGCACGUCUGUGGCUGUUUUCUGCCACGAGCUGCCUCAUGAGCUGGGCGACUUUGCGGUGCUGCUGAAGGCGGGGAUGACGGUGCGUCAGGCCAUCCUUUACAACGUGCUGUCGGCCAUGAUGGCCUACUUCGGCAUGGUGACGGGCAUUUUGAUCGGGCACUACGCCGAGAACAUCUGCAUGUGGAUCUUUGCCCUCACGGCCGGGCUCUUCAUGUACGUGGCGCUGGUGGACAUGGUGCCGGAGAUGCUGCACAACGACGCCGGCGACCACGGCUUCAGCCACUGCGGCUUCUUCCUGCUGCAGAACGCCGGCAUCCUGCUGGGCUUCUGCAUCAUGCUGCUGAUCGCGCUGUUCGAGCACAGAAUCCAGCUGGACCUGGGCGUCUGAGGGGAACCGCUCGGGUCCCGGAGCUCCCGUCAUUCCAGCGUCUGAUGUUUGUGUUUGCUGUCGACAGACUCCUCCCACUUUUAGUUUACGUAAAAAUCAAACGGUUUGAGCACGAGGACUGAGACGUGUGGGUCGGACGCUGCUGCUUCAGCUGAAGGUUCUACGACUCGCAGGACGUUGGUUUGGAUUUGACUUUUGUUCGGUGGUUAGAUUUAGUUUGUUGUUUGGAGACAUCGUUCCUGCUGCGUCGUCCUCGUGAGGCCGAGGUCACGAUGAGCUCGACGUCCAGCCGCACGCCUCAGCUCCUGCAGCCGGUAAACCCGAGUCUGGAUCUGCUGCUGACGCGGGUUUGAAGACGUUGCAGCCACCCCCGAAGGCUCGUCUGUCUCCGUGUUUGUAGCGAGCUAGUUUCUUUAGAGUUCAUUUUACAACAAGUUACAACCCUCGUUUAAUAAAUUACUUCUGUUGUUCGACCCCGACGGACCAGCUGACGGUUCUGUAGCGUUUUAACGGUACGACGUGGAGCGGACUGUAAAACGAGACGUGGGGCGUUUCAUUCCAGUUUAAACUCUAUAUUUAGUUUUUUAUUCUUUGUGGAGCUCGUAAACGUCUGGUGGAGGUUUCGAACCAGUCGUCCUUAAAAAUACAGAAAGUGUCCGAUCGCUCCAGAGAACCGUUUCUGCCCGUUUGAUUUUAAUUUUAAAAUCUGACUCUAAUCUUGAAACACUCGUAGUUUCCUCCAUCAUUUUGAACAGAGUGUCCCUGAACGCCCCACGUCUGAGAGCUGCAGGGCGAGCAGCUUUUUCUGGAUUAUACUUGAGUCGUGUCGGGAGAAAAGGUUUUACAUGAAGCAGCUGAGCUUUGACUCCACCGGCAGGACAAGAGCUGAACAAGCUGCUUAAUCUCAGACCAGUCGGUGGAACAGUCAAAGUGUUGGAUGUAGUUCAGAACUUGUUCGUUAAAAUGUUAUUUUUAGACUGUUACGUUCGUUUAUGUGCCUUUUUGUUUGUUUCAGACCAACUCCGAGGUGGUGAAAAGAAAGAUUUGUUUACUUUUAUUUAGAUUUACAGGUUCAGGUUUAAGAUGGCAGCUCAAGUUAAAACCCAAAAUGUUCUUUGUGUUGGGCUCGACAUUGGACGACCUUCAGAGUCAAACUGCUUCGCUCUGAUUGGUCCAGUGUUCGGGUCAAACAGGUCCAGUGUUAAAGUGUAAAUGCUUCAUGUCCGUCCUCCAUGUUUGUUGUCCUCAACACAAACACUGUGACAAUAAAAUGUAGAAAUAAA